AUGGCCCCAGACUUGAAUUCUGUUCCAAGAUCACCUCGAGGCACCUCAAACCCACCACCUUCCGGCACACUCCCCGCUCCCGCACCGAGUUCUUCGCAGGCUGCAUCGAGACGAACUUCGACACAAAUGCUACCCCCUCCUCUUCCCCAGAACAACAGUUUACCGAGCUCGCCUCGGCCUGCACAGGCUACAAUGAUGGACAAUACCGGGGUUGGCGUUGGACCAGGGCCCAUUAGACACCCUCGGCCUCUCACUGCAGCGGAAUUACACUUGGAAUUAGAGAAAGAACAAGAGAGCAUUGUCAAUCGUCUUACACGCGAACUAUCUGCUCUGCGUGCCCAGACAGCAUCCGUUGCUUCUACAACCUCGUCCACAUCCGACCAUUUCUUCUCUUCCAAUGACCCGUAUAUGUCCACGACUGGUACUGCUGCAACAAUCAUCCCAAUCACUGCGCGUCGUCAUCGAUCUUCUUCGAACUUGUCCACACGCUCCGCGCGAUCCAUUCGGGACAGUCUUGCCAAUGCUGCCAAUACCAGUGUCUCCGGUGUCGCCGCACCUCGAGAUCAAAGCGUCCAGGCAAGCAGUCGCCCUAGUAUGGAAAUCACCCGACCAGACGUAAGUCGUCAAAAUUCCACGUCCGCGUCAGGCUUCCGUUCGAGUUCUAUCACCUCAUCACCGCACAUGAGCCAGAGUGCUUAUGCAUAUCCACAUCGGAGCUCUGUAUCUUCAAAUGCGCUGAACUUGACGACAUCUGCAGCAGACUCUGCGCCUUCGUCUGCCUUUCCUCGGAGUCCAAGUUCCAGCGCUGCCGUCGCGGCCGCGAGGUAUGAGGAGGCUGCCCUUCAGCGUGCAGAGCUUGAGGCCGUUAAGCGUGAGAAUGAGGUUCUCCGGGCAAGGGUGAAGGAAUUGGAGAAGAGCCUCCAAAGAGCAAAUGAGACUUCUAUUUCUGCUUCCUCAUCAUAA